AUGAGAAACCGCCGGUUCGCGCAGGUUGCUAUCAGUGAAGACGAGGAUGACGUGCCUCUGGGGUCGCGCCGCUCAGCUGGAGUGGAGUACCAAAGGAAGCGCAAAAGGGUGCGUCUGGACGAUGAAGAUGAAUUUGAAGUAGAUGAGGAGAAAUUGAGAGAGAAUAAGAAGCAGAAGAACAAGAAGAAAGUGGAGGAUCUUGAGAUGGAGGCUGAGAGCCAAAAUGAGGAGGAGCCGGAGGAUGAGGAGAAAGAGGAGCCGGAGCCUGAGCCUGAGCCGGAGGCUCAGCCGAUUGGUGACGUGAUUAGGGUUUCAGGGAAAGGGAAAGGGAGGAGGAAUCACUAUUCUUCGUUUGAAUACGAUGGCAACAAAUAUGAUCUGGAGGACCCUGUGCUACUAGUUCCCGAAUAUACUGAAAAUCAAAUGCAGAAGCCUUACGUGGCCAUAAUUAAGGAUAUUUCUCAGACCAGAAAAGGAGCCAUGAUGGUAACUGGACAGUGGUUUUAUCGUCCAGAGGAGGCAGAAAAAAAAGGCGGUGGAAAUUGGGAAUCACGUGAUACUAGGGAACUAUUUUAUAGUUUCCAUCGAGAUGAAGUGCCUGCUGAAUCUGUCAUGCACAAGUGCGUUGUGCACUUCAUACCUUUGAAUAAACAAAUUCCAAAGCGAAAACAACAUCCUGGUUUUAUUGUGCAGAAAGUUUAUGAUACUGAACAGAAGAGGCUUUUUAAGCUAACAGAUAAAGAUUAUGAAGACAACAAACAGCAUGAGAUUGAUCUUCUUGUUCAGAAGACUAUUUCACGUGUAGGAGACAUUCCUGACCUUGAGCCCGAGGAUACUGCUGUGAAUCAGGAAGAUCAGACAAAGAGUAAACGUCUUCUAAAGAGAAGGAAUGUUCCGCCUUUGGAUAUUUCCAGGGAGGAUGAAGGAAUUAGUAGAUCUCAACAAUCUCUUAAAGCAGAAACUCCAGGAAGUACCGCUGCUAGUUCAUCAGAGUAUUAUGCCAUCCUAUCGCAGCAUAAGGUACUCACCGGGGAAAUGCAGAGGGACAGGGGGUUGGAGAAGCUUCUACAAGCAAUUCAAUUUAUGUGCACUUCCAUGCACAGCAAGCAGAAUGAUGGGAAAGAAAAAGAUGGUGUUAAUGGAAGAAGCAGUAGCACGGAUAAAAGUGGUACUUCAAAUCACAUGAAUGAAUCUGACUACAAGACUCCAAUUGGAAGUGAGGCCUUUUACUGGCCAGAUGGAGCUGUUUCUGCAGUAACUGCUCUUGAAAAGGCUGCGCAUGAUGCUCUUUCCUCUGAUUUUCAUAAAUAUAACCAAAAGUUGCGGCAAUUAACAUUUAAUCUAAAGAAUAAUGCUGUGUUAGCACGACGUCUUCUGAAUGGGGAGCUGGAGCCUUCACAAAUAUUGAAUAUGUCGCCAAAUGAAUUAAAGGAGGGUCUAACAGCAGAGGAAAUAGCCAUCAGGGAGCCUGAGGAAUCAGGGCGCAUCCAGCAGAUGACUGAUGCUCGCUGUAAGAGAUGCAAUGAGAAACAAGUCGGUUUGAUUGAGAUCAUUCAGGCUGGACAUGGCGACCGCUACCAUCUGGAGUGUGUCGCUUGUGGUAACACCUGGUAUGCUUCUAGAGAUGAUGCUUCUACACUGACAAUAGAAGGGUCAAAUUCGGCCAGGGCUGUAGGCACUGCACCAUUAGCUACUGCCAAGUUUGAAGAUGUUGAGAAGAAGCUUUUGAGUCCCCGUGGUUCUGAGAAGGGAGCCGGUGAUGUCCUGAAGAAAACUACUGAAGCAUUCGUUCCUGUACUGGACAAUCAAAAAUCAUUCAACAAAACAAAGGCUGAAGAUCCUGAGUGA